AAGUCAAGCAUUAUCUAGUUCUUCUUGAAUUCCAUGUAUUAACUUGAGGUUUCUUGGCACAGGCGCGUGGUGCUAUCAGCAUCCAUCCACUCCUGCCCUUCGUGUUCAGCCCUUUUCCCGCGCCGCUCGACCCUCUGGCUGCCCCGUUUCAGUCUUCCUUUCUCCCUCUCGAUUUCUCUCCCUCUCUGAUUCUUUCUCUCCGCCGCCGCGGAAGAUGAUUCGCACCGCGUCUCGCCAGCUUCUCUCCGCUGGGAAGUCGCUAAAAGCGGCGACUCCCGCAGAACUCGCCGCACUUGGUGGCGCAGGAGGCGGCCGUGGCCUCGCGGCGUCGCGGCAGCGGCGGGUGAUACGAGCCGUACGAUCGUGGCGAGCCUUCCAGAUCUGCCGUACGAUUAUGGUGCGCUGGAGCCGGUUGUGAGCGGCGAGAUCAUGCAGUUGCAUCACGCGAAGCACCACGCUGCUUACGUGGCGGGUUAUAACAAGGCCGCGGAGCAGCUCGACGCGGCGCGCGGGAAAGGCGACACGGAGACGGUCGUGUCGCUGCAGCGAGCGAUUAACUUCAAUGGCGGAGGUCACGUGAAUCACAGCAUCUUCUGGAAGAAUCUCGCUCCGAUCAGCGAGGGAGGCGGCGCCCCUCCGGAAGGCCCUCUAGCCGCCGCCAUUGAUGCGCAGUUUGGGUCGUUGGACGCCCUUAUUGCCAAGUUUAGUGCUGCUGGCGCUGGCGUGCAGGGGUCCGGAUGGGUGUGGCUGGGCCUGAAUGACAGGAAGAAGCUGGCGAUUGUCACGACACCCAAUCAGGACGCGUGUGUGACUACGGGCCACGUGCCUCUACUGGGCGUGGAUGUCUGGGAGCACGCUUACUACCUUCAAUACAAGAAUGUCCGUCCUGACUACUUGAAGAACAUCUGGAAGAUCAUUAACUGGAAAGAUGUAGCUUCUCGCUACACCGCUGCUUCUUAGAGGGAAAAUACCUAAUAAACUUGAUAACCUGAUGUUGGUUCUACAAUUCUUAGUAAAAUUGGUUUUGCGUUUUGAGUGUUUUGGUUUUGGUAGUUGGUGUAUGACCCUGGUUGCAUGGGAGCGAGUAAGGGAAGUGGUAUU